UGUUUUCUUCUUACUAGAUUUUUAUGCACAGAGGAUUAUUUCCAUAGCAGUAGAAAACCUCCGGGAAAUUAUUUACCCAAGAAAGUAGAUUAGGACAGGUCCCUGCAACCACAAUUUUGUGCAGAGCUUUGAUCCAUUUUUCGAACUGUUGACUGAUUGCUGCAAUGGCAGCAAUGUUCAAAUAGACUGAUUGAUGAUGUCCCAAGUUAUCUCUGCUUACAGAAUAAAGAAAAUCGAGAGCAUUGGCGAAAUGACGGCAGUAUCACAGGAGGAUGUUGUGAAUCACACACGCACUAUAGUGCAGGGCCUAGAAGCUCUGCGCAAUGAACACACAACUAUCCUUGCUGGCCUGAACACUGCUUUAGAACAUUCACCCACACAGGCACAACAGCCUGUCCAAAAUGUUCCAGAGAAGGCUGGGAUUCUGCAGAAAUCCCUUGACCAAAUAGAACUAGGAUUAUCAGAAGCCCAGAUCAUGCUGGCGCUGGCGUCGCACCUGCAGACAGUGGAGGCAGAGAAGCAGAAGCAGAGGGCACAAGUGAGACGUCUGUGUCAAGAGAACAUGUGGCUCAGAGACGAGCUUGCCUCCACGCAGCUUAAGCUACAAGCCUCUGAACAACGCGUAGCUCAACUCGAGGAGGACAAGAAGCAUUUGGACUUCAUGGCUUCUAUCAGGAAGUAUGAUGCCGACGUGCAGGAGGGUGAAGCUGGACAUGAUCAGCCCGCUAAAGAGAAGCAGGAAGAGACCAGCACAGAUUACUUCCCUGAUGAUGAUGGCGAUGAAAGAUCAAGUCUUAAGAAGAGUGGAGACUUUGGAUCGCAAGCGUCACUGGCGCUGUCGCCAACACCGCCCGCGCAGUUCGCGCAGCAGGUGUCUGCGGGCUAUGAAAUACCUGCGCGACUGCGCACGCUGCAUAACCUCGUCAUCCAGUACGCCUCGCAGGGACGAUACGAGGUGGCGGUGCCACUGUGCAAACAAGCUCUGGAAGACCUGGAGAGAACGUCAGGCCACGACCAUCCCGACGUGGCGACCAUGCUCAACAUACUCGCCCUCGUCUACAGGGAUCAGAACAAGUAUAAAGAGGCCGCCAAUCUGCUGAACGAUGCCCUGGCCAUCCGCAAGAAGACGCUGGGCGACAACCAUCCUGCAGUGGCUGCCACUCUCAACAAUCUGGCUGUGCUGUACGGCAAGCGCGGUAAAUACAAGGACGCUGAGCCGCUGUGCAAGCGAGCCCUCGAGAUCAGGGAGAAGGUGCUGGGGCGCGACCACCCUGACGUCGCCAAGCAGCUCAACAAUCUCGCACUGCUCUGCCAGAACCAGAUCUCGCAGGAUGAGCGUAGAGGUGUGCCAAGGGAUGAGAUGAUCGGCAAGUACGAGGAAGUCGAGCGCUACUACCAACGCGCCCUGGAGAUCUACGAGAACAAGCUCGGUCCCGACGACUCGAACGUGGCAAAGACCAAGAACAACCUGGCGUCCGCGUACCUCAAGCAGGGCAAGUAUAAGGAGGCCGAGAUUCUCUACAAACAAGUCCUCACUCGGGCGCACGAGAAGGAGUUUGGCGCCAUUGAUGGGGACAACAAGCCUAUCUGGCAGGUGGCAGAAGAACGAGAAGAGAACAAAAACAGUGGCAUUGAUGAGAAAAAGAACGGUAGCUCCUCUACGGGACCGUAUGGUGAAUACGGAGGCUGGCACAAGGCAGCCAAGGUGGACUCGCCUACAGUGAACACGACCCUUAAGAAUCUGGGCGCGCUGUACCGUCGCCAGGGCAAGUUUGAGGCCGCUGAGACCCUGGAAGACUGCGCCGUGCGCAGCAAGAAAGAGAUACUGCAGACAUCUUCUGGAAUGGUGGUGUAACGCUUCAGAAAUAACCUGCUACCGUGUUGAAACUUCUGCUCUUGACCGGCCAGUGGAUUCUGUUCAAAACCGUCAUUUGAUUCUGUUAAAACCGUGUGGAUUCUGUUCAGAUUCGUCAUUCGAUAUAGACGACGAGGAUCGCCAUCAGAAACAUUAUGAAUGCCCAUCGUCAUUCAUAUUGUUGAUAUUCAUAGAUUCUUUUUUGAUUCUUUGUUUAAUAUUCUUGUUACCAAGCAGGAGAAAUGAUAAUCGUUCACGUUACGAAUCAAUUACUUCUUCGUGAUCAUCCUCCCGUUUUAUUGCGGAAGCAAUAAUACUUGAAUACUUGACCACGCUUAACAAUAUGGUGAUGAGCUGCAGAUCAUAAACUCGAAUAGCUUGCUUUAUUUCCUUCAGGAUUCUGCCAUCCAAUGUUACCUUUAGGAUAUCAUAGCAUUAGAAGUUACUGUUCGCUUGGCUUCGUUCUUCCCAUAUCGAUCGAAUUGUGGCCUUGAAAUUUAAAUCAACUCGCUAGUUCACCCUUAAUUAUUCCUCAAUAUUAUAACCACUAACCACUAUUGUUAAGACGAAAAUUUAAAACCGUGUAUACGUUAUUCAUUGACAGACAUUUGUGCAGGAAAUCAAAGAUCUGUGGUCGCUUCCAUGAGACAAUUUUGUUGCAUCCUGUGCAAUCGCGACUCAACAUUUAUUAUAUUUAGUUUUCGGCUGGUAAACUCUCUAAUGGCGUAAAAUGACCAAGGUUAAUUUCGCUAUACUGUAGAUAUUUCCUUUCUUUGGCCUUCCCAAACCCCUCUUUAGAAUCCAUAUUCACUGAAUUUUGUAUUGCAUGCUGAAUAACCUAGUCUCCCUUCAAUUUGUUUAGCUAGCACAGCGGCUGAAUAAUUAAUUGAAUGCAGACUAACAAACGCGCUCGUUUGUUUGCUGCGUUGCUAAGAGUCUUGACGUUCUGUAGUUCGGUUUCCCGUACCAUAGAACUGCAAGAAAAAGCAUUUGCGUGUUGGUCACUUUCGGAUCCGAGUUGUUUACUGAAAUUUUUUCCUGCACUGAAGCAAACUUUUCAUUAUAACAAACUAUGCUUCAAGUACGUCAUUUUUUGGGACUUUCAUUACGUUGCAACUUCAACCCAAAGACAAGUGGUUGAAAUUAAUAUUAUCAAUUACUAAUAUCAAGUGCUCGUAUAUAAUCAUGAAAAUAAUAGUCACGUAUAAUAAUCAUUAUAUAUAGUGAAAUUUAUGUUAAUUGAAGAAUGGAUAAUUUAACAUUCCGUAUACGUUUUUGUAUCAUUCACAGAUGCCGAAUUUAAGUGCGCAUCUUCUUUAUUCUCGUAAUUUUAUGCAUCAAAAUUUAAAUGGUCGUGUCAUUCUUCAUGGAAUUAUACUUUGAAAUCUUCUAGAUGAACGCAAGACUGAUAUAGUGAAACUAAUAAAACCCCGUAAUUUGGUUAAAAACAGUAGGUAAUUAGAAAUUAAUGAUGUGAAUGAACUGUAUAAUUUGGAUGCUUUCCUUUAAGUUUCCACACUUCGGAAGAAAAAUUUCUGUAUAGUAGCCUUUAGAAUGUUGCGUUGCAAUUCAUGUGCCUCGGAUGCAAUGUAAUCAUGCGUUAUUUGAAGUAUUUUCUCAAUUGGUAGAAUAUUGGUAGAAUUUCUCAAUAGAAAAUUGGAAUCCAUUUUGACUCAACUUUGAGGCUUGAAACUCUAAUUGAUUUAUUGAGUACUGAUUUCAUUGACCGAAUCUGAUUUGACUCGACGACAUGUCGUGGUAUGGUGAAAAGUUGUUCUAUACAUUUUUGUUAUGAAUUUAUGUCUUGAGUGUAUGUAGCAUCACUUACGAGCUAGCAAACAUUCGAAUUGUGUGGAAUAUAUGAAUGUGAAGUUAUUAUAACAUUUAGCUAAGAAUGUUCAAACAAGACAAACAAUUUAAUUUUUGUCUACAAGGUCUUAUUUGCAUGAUGUUCUCAUUGAUGUUGUUACAACACAUCUUGAACUCUAAUUUGCUCUUAACCCUCUCUAUUGUGGAAUCAUUUUAUCGAAUGCUUGCUUAUCGAACCAUUUUGUUAGUUCUAAGGCUUGUACGUUGCUCUUACGAUUGCCUGAGUACAUUUAAGCACACGUAAGCGAAAAUAUAAGAUUACUGCUAA